CUCCAUCUUGCUUUCGAUCAUUGCUUCCGCACUCUGUAAUUCGUAUAAGAUUUCACAUGGUAUCAGAUUAAGGUCUUGAUCGAUCCUUACUGAUUCGUUCUUCUUUUCUGAUCGAUUCUUCGUAAUCGGUUUCAUCUUCUUUCAAUCGAUUUCUAUAAUCGAUUUCCUUUCAAUCGAUUCCUAUAAUCGUUUGCAAACCCUAACUGGAGUGAUCACGCUAUGGCUCUACCGAUAAAUCCUACCGAAGACUCUUCAUCACCAUAUUACCUUCAUCCGAGUGAUCUCUACGAGACACUUACUGGAGAAAACUUUGUCGCUUGGAAGAAAUCUGUCUCCAUGGCUAUGGCGGUGAAGAACAAGAUGGGAUUUCUUGAUGGUUCAAUUGAACAGCCUAAUCCGGAUAACUCAAUGUACUCUUGCUGGUAUCGUAUCAAUGCUCUUCUUUUAUCUUGGCUGAUUUACUCAAUUUCGCCUACUCUUCGUACUACUUUUCUCUCUUUUACCAAUGCUAAGGAACUUUGGGAUGAGAUUCAACUUAGAUAUGGUAAAAGUGACGGUCCUAGACUUUUUCAACUUGAAAAAACCCUAGGAAAUCUUUCUCAAGGCUCUCGUAGUAUAACUGAUUACUACAAUUCCUUUAAAGAAAUUUGGGAUGAAUACUGUACUUUUCGUAUUAUUCCUUCCUGUACAUGUGGUCAUUGUACUUGCAAAAUAUCUGAAACCUACCAAAAGAUUAUCCAGAAAGAGUCUAUACUAAAGUUUCUUGUUGGCCUCAAUGAAUCUUACUCCAAUCUUAGGAGUCAAAUUCUUCUAAACACUGACAACACUACUCUAUCAAGCAUUUACUCUAUCCUUUUGCAAGAAGAAUCUCAAAGAUCUCUUCAGAAUUCUAUCUCUUUCAGUACUUCUUUUUCAGAGCCCUCUGCAUCUGAAAAACUUAAUAAUGAUGCUACUGCUUUCUUUGUUAAGAAUUUUAAAAAGAAAAAUUCUAUUAUCUGCAAUCACUGUGGCUAUCAAGGUCAUUCAUCUGAAAAGUGUUUUCAACUCAUUGGUUAUCCUAAUAACUGGAAAGGACCAAAAGGUCAAAGGCUUGCUCCUGGUUUUAAACCAAAUCCUAAUUCAAACAAAAAUCAUCAUGCUAAUCUGGCUGCCAACUCUACUGAACCUGUUUUAACUCCUACACAUUACACUGAAUCUGCUCCGACUUCUACCAACUCCAAUUCUGCUACCACUGAUCUCUGUGAUCCCAACUUGUAUGAAAAGUUUCUGCAAUUCAUUCAAGCUCAACAGCCUAAAACUGCUUCUGUCAAUGCUGUCACCAUUGCUUCUGAUGAUGGUCUUAAUGCUUCUGACAAUGCUUCACAGUUUUUAGGACCACCUUACCAGCAAAAUGAUUGGCUUUGCUGAUCUAAGGAAUGGCCUCUAUUACUAUAAUCCAGACUCAUCUUUAGAUCAUAUUCCUACUGUACAUUCUGCAAGUAGCCAACAUACUACUUCUUCUGCUACUCUCUGGCAUUUUAGACUAGGACAUUUGCCUUUUAAUAAACUUUUC